AUGGCGACGAGACGGGCACACAACAAAUCGAGGCUGGGAUGCCAUCAGUGCAAGAGAAGACGAAUCAAGUGUGACGGCAAGCAACCAAUAUGCGCAAACUGCGACAAGAAGGGCGAGAGUUGCAGUUUUCUCAUGUUCGCACCCUCAUCACGUCUGUCAAUCGCCUCGACAUCGCCUGGAUCUUCACAAGUCCCAUUACUAUCGCCAUCAUCAGUAUCAUCCCACCUCUCAACAUCAUCAACAUCGCCAAUUCUGAAAUUUGCAAUCACCCACACACCAUCACCAACCAAUCUCAUAGCUUUCGGCAACGAAGUAGCACUUGCAUCGACAAUACCACGUCCAACGGAAACACCCUUUGAAGAACCAAUCGUAGACUUUACGGCCGCAAUGGUUACCUCACCCAUGCACCAAUUCUACACCCCUGACCUCACAAUCCCGCCAUAUCUCCGCUUUGACGAUGUAUGGAAAGACGUCCGCGAAGUGCUCCCACCAUCACUCCAAGACGUCUUGUACCACUACGAGUACACGACGUCUCUCUCGCUGGCCACAAAUGAUCCAGCAAAAGCAGCCUGGCAAGCUUGCGUACCCGAGUUGGCGCAGAGCCAUGACUUUCUACUCAACUGCGUGCUAUCAGUAGCGUCGCUGCACCUCGGCCGUCUACACGAGGGCAAAGAAGACAAGAGACGCAUGAACGCCGUAGCAGCAGCGCGCAUGAACAAAGCCCUCACAAAAUACCGACCAGAGCUCGAAAACAUCACAAAAGAAAAUGCCGCUGCCCUCUUCGCCGGCUCAACUCUUACCGCUGUCUAUCUCUUUCGUACCUCUGCCAUCGACAUUGAGGAUCUCCGCGCUUCCAUCCCUCCAGAUACUAUUGUUCCACCCCCGGAUAUAGUCGACAAGAUGCUGUCGUGUGCGCUGAGGACGAUCUGGGGCCUGCGCGGGCCCCUGACCGUCCUCCUCUCAGGCUGGGACUGGGUCAUGAACGGGAAAAUGAACCCAGUAGCCGCGCGAAAAUGGUGGCCUACAGCGUGUGUGCCGGCGACGCCUCGAGCGACCGAAGAAGACGAACGACUAGCACAGCUAGGAGCAAUGUGGAUGGGCCGCGAUGAUGGGGUUAGCAGCAGUGCAUCGCAAAGAUCCCAGCUCAACGAAGCGUUGCUGUAUCUACGAGAAACGUUUGCGCUGGUCAGUCAGUUGACGCUGCCGGAAGUGUAUCCGCCCAUGACGGCAGUGCCCUACGCAGUCGACGACAAGACGGUUGGCACGCUGACGGACCGCGGCGCAAUCUUCGUCUGGUCUGCGCGCAUCAGCCGCGAGUUCAUACAGAUGAUUGAGCAACGGGACCGCUAUGCGUUGGUCAUUCUCGCACACUAUGCUGUUUUGCCCGGACGAGUGCGCAACGUGUGGUGGCUGGAAGGGUUGGGUGCAGACAUUGUGACGGCGAUUGCCAUGGCGCUGGGAAGGGAGAAUUGGGCCCUCAUUGAAUGGCCCGCGAGUGUGCUGGGUGUGGAUUUGGAGAACGCGUUUGGAACGCGGAAAGAUAGUUUGGAGGGUAUGCCGGGGGAGUUGAAUAUGGAAGUCAUAUAA